AAGAGCAUUCCUUUUCAAUCUUUAUGAUUAUUCACUCGUUUCACUAGAAGCUACUCUUUGAACUGAAAAAAUCCACCUUUUGCAUCUCACACUUUGUUGCUUCUGAUAAUUCUUGUGCUGUAAAUAGCAAAAUGGCCGGAAGUGUUGAAGUUUUAGCUCAUGAUUCUAGCAUCAAUGGAGCAAUGAAAUCGCUGCAUGAGGAUUUCACUCCAACAACAUUUAUCCAAGAUCUUGUGCCACACAUAAUUGGAGAGAAUGGCAUUGGCAACAGAGGGGAUCAUAAUAGUGCAGACAAGGGGGAAAGAAAGAUAGUACUGGGCAAAAAUAUUCAUACCAUGUGCCUUGAAGUCACGGAGCCUGAUGUAGAUGAUGAGGUUACUGGAGAAAGGGAAGCUUAUAUGGCAAGUGUGUUGGCUAGAUACAGAAGAUCUCUGAUAGAAAGGACCAAUUAUCAUUUAGGUUACCCCUAUAAUUUGGAUUUCGACUAUGGUGCACUCUGUCAACUUCAGCACUUUUCCAUCAACAACUUGGGAGAUCCAUUUAUUGAAAGCAACUAUGGUGUCCACUCAAGGCAGUUUGAAGUUGGUGUUUUGGACUGGUUUGCUCGGUUGUGGGAACUGGAGAAAAAUGAGUAUUGGGGCUACAUAACAAAUUGUGGCACAGAAGGCAAUCUCCAUGGCAUCUUAGUUGGGAGAGAGGUCUUCCCAGAUGGCAUUUUAUAUGCUUCACAAGAAUCACAUUAUUCUGUUUUCAAAGCUGCUCGUAUGUACAGAAUGGAAUGUGUGAAGAUUAACACUCUUUGUUCUGGUGAGAUUGAUUGUGAUGAUUUCAAGGCCAAGCUUCUUUGUCACAAGGACAAGCCAGCAAUUGUGAAUGUGAACAUAGGUACAACUGUGAAAGGAGCUGUGGAUGAUCUUGAUCUGGUUAUAAAGAAGCUUGAAGAAGCAGGACUUUCACAUGACAGGUUCUACAUCCAUUGUGACGGGGCUUUGUUUGGUCUCAUGUUGCCUUUUGUCAGACGUGCUCCAAAAGUUUCUUUCAAGAAGCCUAUUGGCAGUGUUAGUGUUUCUGGCCACAAAUUUGUGGGGUGUCCCAUGCCUUGUGGUGUGCAGAUAACACGAUUGGAACAUGUGAAGGCUCUUUCUAGCAAUGUAGAAUACCUUGCUUCAAGGGAUGCCACAAUCAUGGGAAGUAGAAAUGGCCAUGCUCCCUUAUUCCUAUGGUAUAGUUUAAACAGGAAAGGGUACAGAGGGUUUCAGAAAGAAGUGCAGAAGUGUUUAAGGAAUGCACACUACUUCAAAGAUCGCCUCGUAAAUGCUGGGAUUGGAGCGAUGCUUAAUGAACUAAGCAGCACUGUUGUAUUUGAGAGGCCACAUGAUGAGGAGUUUGUGCACAAGUGGCAACUGGCAUGCCAAGGGAGCAUUGCACAUGUUGUAGUAAUGCCAAGUGUCACCAUAGAGAAACUUGAUGAUUUUCUAAAUGAACUUGUGCAGAAGCGUGCUGUGUGGUUUAGAGAUGGAAAGUCUCAACCUUAUUGUAUAGCAUCUGCUGUAGGCCAGAAAAAUUGCCUGUGCGCUUUGCAUAGGUGAUUGUGGUAGCCAAUUAAGAGUUAUGUCUAAGUAGUAUAACUCUAUUUGUAAUAUGUUUCUUGAGCGUUUAUGAUAGUGCUGGCUUCAU